GAUGAAUCCCAUUUGCAAUUUUUACUACUAUCAUUAUUCUUUUUUUUAAAUUUUAUUUUAUUUUUUUAAUUUAACUUCUGCGUUACUGUGUAUGUUAGGUAUAUUAACGUGCAUCAGUGCUAUUAUUCUGACACCGUGCGCGGAUGUUCCGGUGAGUGUUUCGAGCGCCACUUCGCUCCCCGCCGAGCUCACGUGACCAAGCGGUUGGUGGAAGGACACGAGCCCAGCCUCGGUUUCUGUAAACAUUAGCGGCGGGACGCUCCGGUCGGUAACUCGGUUAUUAAAACGUCAUGUAUUUAGUUUAAUGCGCCGUUUAGUGUCGGUUAAUUAAAAUGGCCGCCGGAGCAGCAGCAGCAGCAGCAACAUGGAGGAGCUUCUUCCUCCGAGCUCCGCUGCUUCCGUCUCCCCGCUUAUCAGCAGCCUGCAGCCGGCCGAGCAGCUCCGGACCGGCGGCCCCGCAGGACCGAACAGCCAAGGUUCGAAAUACCUUCAGACCGGCGGCGAGCUCCACGCACGACUGGAUCGGUCCGCCGAACCCCCUGUCGAACCUCCGGCCCAUCGUCUACCACGUCCCUGAGAACGAGUCCGAGCUGGAGAGACGCCUGCGACACCUGAGGCAGGAGACCGAGGACUGGAACCACGACUUCUGGACCAAUCAGAACAUCACCUUCAGCAAGGAAAAAGAAGUUUUUAUCAUCUCACAGCUGAAGGCGAAAGGCUUGACUCUGCGCGAUGAAGACGGACGGCGGCGCACCCUGAGCAGCGAGGAGAUGGCCGAGUUCUACAAAAGCUUCCUGGACAAGAACAGAACGCGACACGCAAAUUACAACAAGGAAUGGUACCGACGUAACUUCACCAUCACUCUGCUCAUGGCCCGGGUGACCCUGAGCAGCAUGUGGAGGACGGUGACGGAGAGGAAAAGCAGCAGCAGCAGCAAGAACAACAGCAGUCCUCCCACCUGACAAUAAACUCCACAUUCAUACGCUCCUGUCAAGUGUCUGGUUCAGUGUUACUGAAUGAAGAGCACGUCUGAACAUUUACAUGAACAUUCAAGCCCAGUUUCACACUUUAUUCUAGUUUUAAAUCUGGUUUCUGCAUCCAAGGAAAGUUUUUUUUAAGCUACAGAUCAAACAGAAACUCCAGAGGAAGAAUUAAGAGUCGACAGUGUUUUUGUAAUUACGCUCACUGCCAGAAGGGGGAGACAAAAGCUCCACUGCCUUCACAUCUUUAUUCGCUCUCUUCUGUUCUGAAAGAUAAUCAGAAACCUUCAGUGGAAUAAUAAAUAAGUUUGAGAUAUUUUAAUGCAGCUUUGUAUUUCCCCUCCACUAGAUUUGGUUACACAAUCAGGAUUUUUGCUAAUAAAACAUAUCAAAUGCUGCUUUUUAUAAAUAAAUUAAACUAGGAAAUAAUCUGCAGCACAUCUGAUAAUUGUGUAUUUUUAUGCAAGAAUAUUUCCAAUUUUAUUAUUCCAGCACUUCAAACACCACAAUUGGUUGUGUUUAUUUUUUUUUUAAAAUUUUCAAUUUAUUGUUAUUAUUUUGAGGUUUGGACAAAACAAACCUACAUGAAACUUUGGGCUCUGAUUUUUUGUCUUUUUUAUUUUCUUUUUCACAAACUAAACAAUAAAUUAAAUAAUAGUUUAACACGGUUCCUCGUCAGCUGACUGGUUUUACAUAUUUUAUGUUUCUUUAUUAUUAUUAUUAUUAUUAUUAUUUAGACAUGUGGCUUUUUUCACAAAAGUUCAAUAAAUUAAAUGGAUCUAUUGAUUCUCUUUGUGGCUCAGUCGGACUCCCAGAUGUGCCUGAACUCACACGGAAAGUGAAAAAUAAUUAUUAAAUCACACUGACACCUUUUUAUUUCUACAUUUUCUGUCUGGCAGUUGCGUCACAAUCUUGUCUGUUCUGGCAAAUAUUGGUGCAGAAAACACUUUUUUUUUCUGUGCUAAAGUACAAUUUACAUAAGCUUCUGCUCCACAACUGUUCACAGGAAACUGCUGGAUUUUUUUUAAACAGCUGUACAAACAGAUGACCCUGCAGACUAAAAGUUUGCAUUCAAAAUAAAACGAAAUAUGUCCAUUUGUUGUAGAUGCAACCAGCAAGAAGAAGCUAAGACUGCGCUCACUGCAUCAAUAAUACAAAAGCCAGUAACAUAAAUACGAUUUUGCAGAAUGAGUGACCUUAGGCUUUACUUUUGCUGGGAUUCUUUGAAUUUUUCCAUCAUUACAGACUGCAAACGGCUCUGUUUACACCAUCAACACCAUGCAGAGCACAAAGCUGGAAAACAAAUGGGAGGAGAUGAACAAAUACAAAAGAAAUUAUGAGGUUUGAUGCAGGAGUAGAUCAGAAGUUGGAGCUGUCUGCUCUUUGCAGCACAUCAUAAUACACAUUUCUGUGCAGAAAAAAAAGUAUUUCAAAUUUAUCUAGAUUCUGAUUUGGUGUGGGGCUUCAUAAAAUUUAAUCCAGCGUUCAUUUUUAGUGUUUGUUUAUUUUUUCCUCUUUUAUUAAACUAACUGAGUAGAACGACUUUUUUUUACUGUUCAAAUUGUACAUUUUAGUUCCACUGUUGUGUAAUUGUGAACCUUAAUUUGAAUUACCAGAUCAAUACUGGAUUUUUGAAACCAAUAUUGAUAUUCAAAAGUGUAAAAAUCCAGAUAUUACAUGUUAAAUGCUUUAUUUCUCCACUGACAGCAUGAUUUUUUCUGUUGCUCUUCUGCAUGUCUGAGCAUAAUGCUGCAUGCAUUGUCAAGACUUCUUGUUUUUACUAUUAAAAUAGUGCAUUUUAGUUUUA